AUGCCACAAGCUCUUCCAAAACCAUCACCUGAAACACCAGAAUCUACCAACUCAACCGGCUCAGUUCGAAAUUCUUUUCACCCAGCCCCAACAAUUGCAGCUCCAGUAUCUACCAACGCAGCUCCAGUAUUUAACGCUUCAACACCAGAUUCAAUGGACUCCGAACCUGAACCUGAACCAGAACCAGAAUCUACCGACUCAACACCAACAUUUACUACUCAAGAAUCAACCAAUUCAACCCCAACAACCACAACACCAACUCCAGUAACCUCAGAAUCCACACCAGUAUCAACCAACUCAACCGAAACAUCAACAACAACAACAACAACAACAACACCAACUUCAGUAACUUCAGAAUCAUCCCCAGUAUCUACCGACUCUACACCAACAUCUACAACAUCCAAGCCUAAUCCAUAUCCAGUUGGCUCUCCCUUUUACCCUCUUGGACCUCGGCCCAACCCUGGUCGAAAGCCCCCUCAGUCUAAUAAGCGACCAUCUAAAAACCGAAAAGAUGAUUCCGAUGAUGAUUCAGAUGAUGAUUCCGAUGAUUCCGAUUCUGAUGAUGAUGAUUGA